AUGAAGCCAAAGCGUUCUUAUCUGUUGUAUCUUGAAUUCGAUAACAUCAAUUCUGACCCGCUUGUUUCACCCCUCUCAACCCCUUCGAUUCUAUCAGGCCGGGAGGUGGACAGCCCACCUCUCCGCGUGUGGUCCUUCCUACUGGGCGGAAGUGACGUGGAGCGCGUACCUGGCGACCCCGCAUUGGCUGACGAGCCCACGGCUGACGUCACCACCAAGGCCCUGUACGACGAGAUCGCGUUCGAGAACCUUCCGGGAGGCGUGUGGACGCAGGGUUUCCCCCUGGAGUACACGGGGCACGAGUGGGACGAGGAGCCGUUGCGAGUGCUGGUGGUGCCACACUCCCACAACGACCCCGGCUGGCUAGAGACGGUGGAGGAGUAUUACAAGUCGAGCACUCGCGGCAUCAUUGACACCAUCGUCAACGCCCUCUCCGAGAAACCGACUCGCAAGUUCAUAUGGGAGGAGAUGUCGUACCUGUCGCGGUGGUGGAUGGAUGCGAGUGAGGAGAUGAAGGGCAAGCUCAAGGCGCUCCUGCAGAACGGCCAGCUCGAGAUCGUGGGCGGCGGAUGGGUCAUGAACGAUGAGGCAAACUCCCACUACUUUGCCAUCCUCGAGCAGAUAACGGAGGGCAACACGUGGCUGCACGAUGCAGUGGGGGUGGUCCCCACCAAUUCAUGGUCCAUCGACCCAUUCGGCUACAGUGCCACCAUGCCCUACCUGCUGCACCGCUCCGGCUUCCACAACAUGCUCAUUCAGCGCGUGCACUACGAGAUCAAGAAGGUUUUAGCUAAGCGCCGCCACUUAGAGUUCUACUGGCGCCAGGCGUGGGAUAAGAGUGGCGGGAAGACGCCACUGGGGGCAGGAGCGGAGGCAGGGGGGGAACAGGGGGGUGGAGAAGCCGGGGUGGGUGAAGAGGCAGCAGCAGCAGCAGGUGCAGGAGCAGCAGCAGCAGCAGCAGGUGCAGGAGCAGCAGGAGCAGGAGCAGAAGCAGCGGGGAAGACGGAUAUUCUGUGCCACAUGAUGCCGUUCUACUCAUACGACGUCCCACACACGUGCGGACCCGACCCCUCUGUGUGCUGCCAGUUUGACUUUGCACGCACGGCUACCGGCGAGCACUCGUGCCCCUGGGGCACGCCUGCUGUGGAUAUCACACCUCAGAACGUGGCAGAGAGGGCAGCGACAAUCUUGGACCAGUGGCGCAAGAAAUCCCUUCUUUAUCGCUCGAAAGUCGUCCUGGUCCCUCUGGGGGACGAUUUCCGCUACCCCACAAUGAGGGAGGCGCACGCCCAGUUCACCAACUAUGAGAGCCUCUUUGACUACUUCAACAGCCACCCGCACCUGCGAGUCAACGCCAGCUUCGGCACCCUUGGGGACUAUUUCAAUGCUGUCCGAGAGGCCGCUGUUAGAGACGCUACUCUUCAUAGCAAAGGCGCUGGUAACGGGGCUAGUGCUGUUAACGAGGGUGCUGCUGCUAACGAGGCGUCUCUUAACGAAGCCCAGCAGGACCUGCCGUCCGAGCACCCGGUGUUCACCUCUCACGAACUCCCCUCCGAUCCCACCCGCCACCUCCUCUCCACACACCCCUCCUCUCUCCCCUCCUCUCUCCCCGCCUCUCACCCGUCCGCUCUCGCUGCCCAUCUCUACUCCCUGCCCCCCUCGUUCCGCCCCAACCUGCCCUCUCUCUCUGGCGAUUUCUUCACAUACGCGGAUCGGGAGCAGGACUACUGGAGCGGUUACUUCACCUCUCGCCCCUUCUGGAAGGCUGUAGACCGCGUGCUAGAGUCUGCUGUUCGAGCAGCGGAUAUCCUCUUUGCUUUGACUUGGUCCCAGCUGCAGGCGAGGGGGGGUGGCGGAGGGGGGGGGCUGAUGGCGCGGAUGCUGGGGGGAGCGAGUAAGGGGGGCGGAGAGGUGGGGGAGGUGAUGGAGCGAUUGGCGGAGCAGGCGGAGUGGAUGGAGAAGGGGGGCGGGAAGGGUGGGAGGGGGGCGGGGGGAGGUCAGCGUGGGGAGGACAACUUCAGGCAUCUCCUGUUCCCGCUCAACUUUGCAGAGCGGCUGGUUCGAGCGCGGCGCAACCUGGCGCUGUUCCAACACCACGACGGCAUCACAGGCACGGCACGGGACCCUGUGGUGGUGGACUAUGGGCUGCGCAUGCACACUGCGCUCAACGACCUCAAUGACCUCAUGUGUGCGGCGGUGGUGGCGCUGCUGUCAGACUCGCCCACACAAGACCCUGAGAAGUCGCCCGUACAGCUGCGCCCAGAGCAGCACCGCACCCAGCAGCACAUCCUGCCCUCCCACCUCCCCCUCUCCUUCCCCUCUGCUUCAGUCAGAGAACCGGGUGGGCUGGGUGGUGGAGGAGAGGGAGGGGAGAGGGGCGAGGGUGCGGGAGAGAGGGAAGCAGUGGGAACAGUGAGAGGGGAGGAAGCAGUGGCUGGAGCGGGGAUGGAAGGAGGGGGUGCGGCAGGUGGGACUGGAGAGGGUGGGACUGGGGGAGGUGUGGGGGGCAGGCGGCGUGUUCUGGAAGUGAAAGUAGGGGAGCAGCCAGGCACGGAGCGGAGGGGGCUAGAAGUGCAGGAGGAGCAGGGAGGGGAGGGCACUGUGCGGCGCGUUGUGGUGUACAACCCAUUGGAAGAGGAGGUGAAGCAGGGAGUGGGCGGCACUGGGCGGCGCAUUGUGGUGUAUAACCCGCUGGAAGAGGAGGUGAAGCAGGUGAGCGAGGGGAGCAGAGAGCAGCAGGCACGCCUCCCCUCUUCCCCCCUCCCCCACCCCCGCCCCCCUUCCUUCACAGGUCAUCUCUGUGGUGGUGGAGAUCUCGCUGGUCUCAGUCAUCUCAGUGGUGGUGGAGAUCUCGCUUUUUACAAGCUGGUUUCUGAGAAUUCUCAAAAGCUGGAUUUGGAGAAUUCUCAAAACCCCGUCCCCCACCCCCGCCCCCCUUCCUGCAGAGGUCAUCUCAGUGGUGGUGGUGAUCUCGCUUUUAUUCAGUUGAUUCAGAGUCGACUCAAAAGCUCCCCCACGCCCGCCCCCCUUCCUUCACAGGUCAUCUCUGUGGUGGUGGAGAUCCCUCUCAUCGCAGUGCUCAGCCCCAAGGGCACGUGCCUUCCUGCCCAGGUCAUGCCAGAGUGGGUCAACCCGCCCCCCUUCACUCCCAAGCCUCCCCAAAACGCCUCAUCUACCACCACAGCUGCCACAGUGCCGGCUCUCGGUCUCCAAACCUUUGUGGUCGGCCCGCCCGAAACUUUGCCCAACUGCCCGGCAGCAGAGCUCUCGCGCGUCGAAGUUUCCAACCCGCCCGCGGGAUUCGCCUGCCCGAAGCCGUAUAACUGCACCGUGCACGAUCCAAAGGAAGACGACGCCUUUUCGAUUGGGAACCACGAGCAGCGAGUCAGGUUCUACGCUGCGAGUGGGCUCAUGAAAAACAUCCAGCACAGGAGAAUCAUCAGGGACACAAUUGUGGACGAGGAAUUCGCCAUGUAUACCGGGCGGAGCGGGGCGUAUCUGUUUCUCCCUGGGGGUGAUGCGGUCCCGAUAGUAACUGACGGUGGUGCGUCGUUUAUUUCCCGAGGCGAGGUAGCAGAGGAGGUGCAUACGGUGUUCAGUUUUCUACCUGUGGAGGCGUGGGACGGGACAGGGCAGAUGCUGGGGGAUUGGGAGCUGCAGCAGCGGCGGCAGUGGCGGCUGCAGAGGCGGAAGCAGCAGCUGCAGCAGCAGCGGCAGAGGCAGCAGCAGCAGCAGCAGCAGCAGGGGCUGCAAAGGCAUCGGGAUAGGGAGGCACAGGGGGGAGGUGGGGGGGACGAGGGGCUGAGAAUGGACAGGAAUGAGAAUGCACAAGCACAGGCGGUUGCGAGGAUGCCUGAGGAUGAGCAUUGGCUUGAGGAUUCACAUGCGCAGGCGCUGGCGCAGGGACAGGCGCAGGUGCAGGCGCAGGCGCAGCUGCAGGGGCAGAUGGGAGGCGGAGGGGAGCAGCAGGAGGUUCGGCCGUUGAGUGAGGUGGAGGCGAUGAGGGAGAGGCUGAGACAGCGGGCACAGCCGGGGGACGUGGUGCUGUGGCAGCAGGAUCAAGAAGCGCAGGGCGGGCAGGGCGGGCAGGGGGGGCUGGGCGGGCAGGGAGGGCAGGGGGGGCUGGGCGGGCAGGGGGGGGAGCGAGGGCAAGGAGGGGAGGGAGGGGAGGGAGGGCGAGGGGCGGGUUUGCAGCAGCUGCAGCACCCGGAAGUGGAGGUGGGGCCGUAUUCAGGGCGAUUGCAGCAGCUGAGGCAGUUCCAGGUGGCCAGGAGACGACUGCUGGGGGAGAGUGGUGGUGUGGGAGAGGAUGAGGAGGAUGAGGAUGAAGAAGUUGGUGCUGGUGAUGAAGAGGAGGAAGAGGAGGAUGAGGAGGAUGGGGUUGUUGCUGCUGAUGAUUAUGAUGAGGGAAAUGAUGAUGAUGAUGCUGUAGUUGAGAAGCGGGCAGGGGGGGUAUUAGAAACUGUAGCGGAAAUGGUGGGAGGGGAUGGGGAGACAGUGGUUGGGGGUUUGAGGAGAAAGCUUUUGCAGGUGAGGCGAAAGGGGAGGAAGAAAAGGAAGGGCAGGAAGGGGAGGAAGAGAAGCGUGAGUGGGGCAAGUGGGGAGGCUGGUGGUGUUCACGGUGGUGAGAUUGGCAGGGCGGAUGAGUCGGCAGGGUUAGGGGGGAGUGGGAGUGGUGCUGCUGAUGUCGAUGGUAUGGGGGCAGGGGUAGGGACGAGGAAGAAGGGACGGAAAGGGAAGCUGAAACGGAGGAAAAGAAGGGGGCAGCACCAGGAAGGGACAACCGAUGGAAGUGGCGCUGUUGGUGCUGGUGGUGAUGCUGGUGGUGGUGGUGGUGGUACUGAAGCUGCGACAGGUGCAGUUUCAGGAGAGAGAUUGGGUGAAGGAGCCCUGAGUGGAGCAGGAACGCUCAGGUUUCAUGGAGGGCUGCCAGUAGCAGGGGUGGGAGAAGGAGGGGUGGGAGAAGGAGGGGAGGUUGGUCCUAGGGUCCGGAACAGAGUGCAUGAUGACAGUGACUUUGACGCUUCCGCAAGAUCUGAGUUACCCGAGCAGGUCAUUACAGUGCGCAGCACAGAUAAUGAUGCUGCUGCUGGUGGUGAUGGUGCCGGUACUGGUGUCGGUGGUGCCGGUGCUGGUGCUGGUGAUGUUGGUGGUGCUGGUGUUGAUGCGGAGAGCAAAGGCGGGGCGGAUGGAGGGGAGGACGAGGGGCACGAGGUGGGGGUGGAGGAGGACGAGGGGGAGCAGGAGAGACCUGACCCAGAGAGCAUAGGCGUGACCCGCCGCGACUGGGAAAGCAGCAGUGGCGACGGUGGUGGUGGCAGUGGGGAGCAGGGCGGCAGUGGGGAGCAGGGCGGCAGUGGGGAGCAGGGCGGCAGUGGGGAGCAGGGCAGUAAGGAGGGUGAGGGUGAUCUAGACCUGGAUGAGCUUCAGAAGGUAGCAGAGGCUGCAGCCACGAUGGACAAGCAAGGGUGGGAGGAGGCGGCAGAUGGGCUAGAGGAGCCGCAGGUCCUGGACGAGCCAUUGGUGGACGAGGAGGACGAGGGGCACGUGAUACCUGUUGUGCGCUCUGUCAUGCUUUACAAAGUCAGGGCCCCUCAGGGCUUGUUAAUAGAGACACGCCAUCAUGUGAACAUCUCCUCCACAGCAGUGGACAACAAGGAGCUCGUGGUGCGCUACCGCACGUCCAUCGACUCCUCACACCUCUUCCACACCGACUCCAACGGCUUCCAGACCGUCCGCCGCGAGACGCUCCCCAAGCUGCCCACGCAGGGCAACUUCUACCCCAUGCCCGCCCUCGCGUUUAUCCAAGACCCCUCUGGAAUCCGAUUCUCCGUUCACACGCGCCAAGCUGUGGGCGUGGCGAGCCUCAAGGGGAACUUCUAUCCCAUGCCCGCCCUCGCCUUCCUGCUAGACCCCUCGGGCAUCAGGUUCUCCGUGCCACGCGCCAGGCUGUGGGCGUGGCCAGCCUUAAGUCACUCCGUCUUCUCCUCUCCAACCCCGUGCUCCUCCCCUGCAUUAGACCGGCUGGUUAGAGAUGAUGCUGGAUCGCCGGCUCUCACAGGACGACAGCAGGGGCAUGCAGCAGGGCGUGUUGGACAACCACCCUCCACUCUCCCUCUCUUUCCCUUACUCACUCCCUGUUCCCCUCCCCUCCCCUCCCCUCCCCCUUUCCUGCCUGCAUCAGACCGGCUGGUUGGAAAUGAUGCUGGAUCGUCGGCUCUCACAGGACAACUUCAGGGGCAUGCAGCAGGGCGUGUUAGACAACCACCCCCCUUACUCUCUCACUUUCUGAUUCUCUCUUCCAUCCCUCCCCCCUCACCCCUCUGUACACCAGACCGGCUGGCUGGAAAUGAUGCUGGAUCGCCGGCUCCCACAGGACGACAACAGGGGAAUGCAGCAGGGCGUGUUGGACAACCAACCACCCCGCACUUUCCCUCUCUUUCACUAAAUCACUCCCUCAUCCCCUCCCCUCCCCUCCCCCCUUCCUCCUCUGUACACCAGACUGGCUGGUUGGAAAUGAUGUUGGAUCGCCGCCUUCCACAGGACGACAACAGGGGCAUGCAGCAGGGCGUGUUAGACAACCAUCCCACACAAACCAUCUUCCACCUAGUCCUCGAAAGAAACACCUCCGCCCGCCCCUUCCCCUCGCCCUCCUCCUCCGCCGCCCUCCUCCCCUCCCUCACUUCGCAACGAAUCGGCUCGCGCCUCAACUACCCGCCGUAUCUCUUUGUCGGGCAGCCCGAAAGCCCGUCGAGAUUCGUUUCCGGGCAGGAUGGAGAAGCCGGACGAGGGGCUGGCAGGAAGGGGAGUGGCAGUAGCAGCAGCAAUGGAGGGAAGGCAGGGAAACCGGGUGUUUUGGCUGGCACUGUGGAGCCGAAGCCGGGCGGCCUUGGUUGGACGGGCUUCGAUCACAGCUUUGGGGGCGCGCAUCGUGAGGCUCCCUGCAAGGUCACCCCCACUGGCCAAGUGCAUCUUGCUCGCCUCUUCUCCGGCGCUUAUGUAACAGAGUUUGAAGAGUUCCCACUUAACCUCGUCCGACCCGGCCCAUUAGCAGCAGAUUUGGGGUCUCCCGGGCAGGGUUCUGAGGAUUCGGUGGGAGUGGGAGGGAGAGAGGGGGGGAACAGGACAAGGGGAGGGAUGGGGGCGGCUGGGGCGUUUGCGAAGAGAGCAUGGCAGCAGAGAGUGAGAGGUGGGGUGACGAGUCUGAAGCUGGAAGUGAUGGAGCUGAAGGCAGUUAAGCUGCAGAUGACGAUGAAGGCACGCAGGAAAGGGUGGGGGAGGUGGAGGAGCAAGUGA